CUUUGGAAUCCAACGUCACACAGGAAAACAAAAUGGCUGCGUCCAGUCUGUCGGGGAAAGUGGCCCUUAUAACAGGAGCUAGUUCUGGUAUUGGAGCAGCCACCGCUGCUUUGUUUUCAAAACUUGGUGCCAGUUUAGCUUUAACUGGGCGUAAAGAAGACAAUCUUCAGAAAAUUGGACAAAAAUGUUCAGAGGGUAACGGUGAAAAGCCCCUCCUAGUUCCUGGAGAUCUUGCUAAAGAGGAGGACAUUAAAAAAGUCUUUGAUAAAACUGUGGAACACUAUGGAAAGCUUAACAUUUUGGUCAACUGUGCAGGGAUCAUUGAGUUAGGUAGUAUUGAAACAACCUCCCUUCAACAGUAUGAUAAGAUCUUCAAUGUAAAUGUAAGAUCUAUCUAUUACCUGACCAUGCUUGCUGUUCCAUACCUGGUCAAAUCUCAAGGAAACAUUGUCAAUGUGUCCAGUGUGAAUGGAAUACGUUCUUUUCCAAAUGUGCUGGCUUACAACAUGUCAAAGACUGCUCUGGAUCAGUUCACAAGAUGUGUUGCUCUUGAACUAGCUCCUAAACAAGUUAGGGUAAACAGUGUCAAUCCCGGUGUCAUUAUCACCGAGUUACAGAAGAGAGGUGGCCUAGAUGAGGAAGCUUAUGCCAAGUUCCUUGAGCGGUCCAGGGAGACACAUGCUAUGGGCAGGCCGGGUGAGCCAGAUGAGGUGGCUAAUGCUAUAGCUUUCCUUGCCUCUGACAACUCCUCGUUUGUGACGGGCGCCUCCAUUCCCGUGGAUGGGGGUCGGCACGCCAUGUGUCCACGAUAAACUCGCUGUUAAGUAGUGUCAGGAUGAAUUUCAGGAUUACCUUGGUAAAUACGCAACAUCAUUGGUGGAUCCAGGAGAUAUUCCAGGACUGCAGGUGACGUCACCAAACCAGUCUACCAAUUUUCUUAAAAAGCUACAUUGUAUGUGUUUCUAUCACUGAAUAUGCGUGCUUUGAAACUGAGUGAUCAAAUUGUACAAGUGUUUGGAGAGAGACUUUAUUUGCAUGUUUUGUUGAACAAAGCUGGGUGUUCGUUAGCAAAUGCUCAUUUGUGAAGAAGUAUAUACACUAUUUUCAGGGAGUCGUAGCUAUAUAUAUAAUUUUGUUUCAUUAUAGCUAGACUUUGGAUAAGAUUCUGUAAAUGACACAUUUAGUGUUUUUAAAAUAAAAAAAGCAUUGUGUC